CAUCGUAGCGCUGCAAGAGGUUGGCUGGAUAGGCGCGGAGGAGGUACAAGCGUACACAAGGAUUGGCUGUACAAUCUACCAGAGCCGCGGCGAGAAAAAGAGGCUGGGGACAGCCUUUAUAGUGCUGGGCGAAAUGCGCGAUCGCGUGAUUGGGUGGACCCCGCUCACCGACCGAAUGUGCGUGUUGAGGGUUAAGGGCCGUUUCUUCAACAUCAGCAUCAUAAACGUGCACAGCCCGCACUCAGGAAGCGAAGAUGACGACAAGGACGCAUUUAACGAGCAGCUGAACUGGACGUACAAUAGCUGAACAUGACGUCAAAGUCGUUAUUGGAGAUUUUAACGCUCAGGUUGGCCAGGAGGAGGAAUUCAGACCAGUGAUAGGGAAGUUCAGCGCCCACGUACGCACGAACGAGAACGGCCUGCGACUGAUCGACUUCGCCACCUCCAAAAACAUGGCCG